UCUCACGUUGCCGAAACAAGCAAAAAACAGCGCCAGCACACAUGUUGAAGAAAAAUCAUCAUACAACGACGAAAAUGGAAUUAAAUUUGAACAUCAAGAAAACAAGCUCACAAGACUUGCUCGCGUGUGGCAACGGAGGAGGUUUGAUCCUUUUUCCGAAACUGCUUUUAUCAACUGAUUUGACUGAGGAGUUGUUUAGCCUGUUAGCUAUCCUAGCUAACGGUCUUCAUGACAAGCUUCUCCUCAAGUCGAAGGGGCCCAAGUCUGGCAGUUCUUUGCAGACCGAGAGGGUCCCAAGAAGUAGUGUUCUGGACAGACUGCAGAACUUCCUGCCUCAGAUGGCGCAGGCCAAUGAGAAGCUCAAGUUGCAGAUGGAGCAGGCACCUGAGGGCCAUUAUGACAUAGAGAGGGUGGAGGAGGCUGGAAAGGUCAUAGAGAUGGAUGUGUCGCUUGUGGAGCUCAGUAGUUCAGACAGCGACUCGGACAGAGAGUAUUCACAGGACAAUGACUCCAACUCAGACUCUGAAGAGGAGAGCGAGCUCACAGAGGAGAACCUCAAACUGCCUGGCAACAGCCAGAGGAAGAAAAAUAAGGUUAAUAUCCAAGUCCUGGAGAAACAAGAGGAUUAGGCCGUUAUAGGCCUCUAAAGAGACUACUGGGACAGUUGCAGUGUAGAAUAUUGGCAUGCGUUGGUAAUACUAAUCAACUGACAUGGGAUCAGUUCUCCUUCUCCAAGCCCUUUUCAUAACCAUUAUGAGUGAAAUAAUAAAAACUGACCGUGAGUCAGUGAGGACAUGGUCCUGGAGGGCUAAUGGAUUCACAGUGGUUCAGUGGAUGGAGACCUGCUGCAGUGAGGGAUAAAGGGGACAAUGGUGUCUACAUAGAGGGGUGUCUGUACUAUAAGGGCCAAAUAUCAUGUCAACAAGUGUUUCAGUGCUAUUUGAGCCAUAAUGAGAUGGGAACAAAGCUUUGAGUGCCUUCUCAAGCAUGUGCAGUAAGAAUGUGCCUUAUAUAAUUUCCUGUUUAUCUGAUGACCCUAGGAUACUUGUAAGGUUAAAGUUCAUAGUGGCUUGAUGGUUGAUUGAUGGAAGAGAAAGAAGACAUUUAGGCUAUCUGUAUUCAAUCCAUUUUCAAUAGAUCAUAUUGUUUGUACAUUUUUAAAUAUGAUUUAUUAUCACUAGCAUAGAUAAUCAAGGCUACAUUUUAAGUAUUUAAGCAGAAAACUGUUUGACUGAAGUUCUCACCUGUAAUCUUCAAUACCAAAUGCUUUAUUAUAUAUGUCUCCUUUGUUUUAUGAAUAUGCCUAGUCCCAGAAUUAUGCUAUGGUUAGUCACAGGCUUUGUGAGCUGUUAAGUUUUUCCCAGAUUUAUUUUUUCCUGAAACAAAAAGUACCAAAACCAUGUACUGUAUUUCAUAAUAAAAGUGUAUGAAAUCCAA